GCUAGCUAGCUGCUGGUGAAGUUCGAUUCAGUGGACCUUUAAAGAAUCGUCCAAUUGUAGUGUUGUGGAGCUAUAGUUUGACAUAGUGCGGUUUCCGUUUAGCAUCGAACACUGGGCCGAGGGAUUGUGCAACGCGUGCGGGACUGAACAGUUAAACAAGAGGCGGGAGAAGUAUUGUCCUUACUAUUCAAACAGGAGGCAAAACGGUUUUAUUGAAAUGUGGAAGCAAAGUUUAUUCUUGCUCGCGGUCGUUGCAGCCGUUUCCACCUGCUUAAUAAUGGCUGUGGUGGGGGCCGACCCUGGAGUAUACCCCAACUGGCCGGCUUGUAAGACGUCUACAGAGUACGUUGAGAUUAUAGCAAAGUCAGAGCUUGUGGAUGGGGCGGUCUACAAUGAACGCAAAAAAGGCAGGAACACAAAGUACUACUUAUGCCAACCCUGCACACGGUGUUUAUCCGGUAUAGUGGUGCUAGCACCAUGCUCCGUGCGGGCCGACACAAAGUGUUCACGAAUGAAGUGUGCCAUGGAUGGCUGCAUAGUAGAUGAUUUUGGUUGCAGAUUACCAGGUGACCCAAAUGAGUUCCCUAAUAUAGACGCCAUGAUGGAUCCAUGUGACCCUGCCAAGUCAAAGGUCACCACUGCAGCUUGGCCGUCAGACUUGAGCAUGCCAUUACUGGAUCAUGAAGUUCCAAAUUCCUCCAGCGAUGAGCGUCCGCCGAUCUUUGAAAAGCCAGUCGAAAAUAAACAGGAGAUCAGGGCAGUUACUUCAGAGGAACCGGCUAGGGUUCAAACCUAUGUUUUCUGGGGUCUUUUGUUUUUCCUUUUCAUGUUAAUUAUUGGAUUGUUCUGCUUGGUUUGCUGGAAGUUUCGCCAGCUUCGCAGUAGGGACAAUGUUACACAUAAAACAGAUAGGAUCGAGAUGAGGAACGGCCCAAACGCCGUUCAAGCCACGACCCAAGUUUGACGAGAAGAUACGGGGAGAGGUAGGGUGGGGUGUGUCUUACAUGCAUAAAAUAUCAAACCUGCGGAAAUUUUAAACUCAUUGGUCGUCGAAGUUGCGAAAGAAUAAUGGAAGAAAAGCACCCUUCUCGAAAUCCAUACUUUAUUUUAGUGAGAAAUGACUUCUUUCUGAUGGAGCCGUUUCUCACAAUGUCUCAACCAACAGCUCUC